AUGUUCUUCUUUCUUCACAGAUGCUUUUACAAUUCAGAUGGGGAUUUUCUGAUUGUACCACAACAAGGGAAGCUCCUCAUCACUACAGAAUUUGGGAAGUUACUAGUGGACCGCAACGAGAUCUGUGUCAUACAGCAAGGAAUGCGUUUCAGCGUGGAAGUGUUCGGGGAAACCCGGGGCUACAUCCUGGAAGUCUAUGGAGUACAUUUUGAGUUGCCGGACCUCGGACCGAUCGGAGCUAACGGUUUGGCUAACCCACGGGAUUUCCUUGUGCCCGUUGCCUGGUUCGAAGACCGCCAAGUCACUGAAGGGUACACAGUCAUCAAUAAGUACCAAGGGAAGCUCUUUGCGGCACAGCAGGCAUGUUCUCCAUUCAAUGUCGCGGCCUGGCAUGGGAACUACACGCCAUAUAAGUACGAUCUCAGCAACUUCAUGGUCAUCAACGUAACAGCUUUUGACCACGCAGAUCCUUCGAUCUUCACAGUCUUGACCGCAAAAUCAACUCAUCCUGGAGUAGCGAUUGCUGAUUUUGUCAUCUUCCCACCCCGCUGGGCAGUAGCCACCAACACCUUCCGUCCGCCUUAUUAUCAUCGGAACUGCAUGAGUGAGUUUAUGGGCCUGAUCAAAGGACAUUAUGAGGCCAAGGAACAAGGAUUUCUACCAGGAGGGGCCACCCUGCAUAGCAUGAUGACACCCCAUGGACCAGACGCUGAGUGCUUCGAGAAAGCCAGUACGAGCAAACUGGAGCCUGAGCGGAUUGCUGAAGGGACAAUGGCUUUCAUGUUCGAGUCUUCUUUGAGCAUGGCCGUCACCAAAUGGGGCCUGAAAACAUCCCUGGAUAAGACGUACUUCAAGUGCUGGGAAUCCCUCAAGAGCCACUUCAAUCCCAAACACAAGUGAAAUGCCCUGAGAAGUAUCUUCAGCCAAAAGGAAUCCCCUGGAGAAACGGGGUCAUGCCGCCUUCUACAUCCAGAAAUUCAACAAUUUCAGGUCAGAUGACUGGACGAGUGACCGCCAACGGCCCCAGAAAAGUAAAUAAAUAAAAUAAAACCGCAGAUCUUAA